UUUUACUUCAGUCAGUUAUGAGAGCUGUGCGUAACAGUUGAAUGUACAUUGUUGAGCUUGUGUUAGGUGUAUUGUAGGUGAUCAAUGUAAUAUUAUUGUACCGAUUUUGUAUUGUGAACUAUACAAUUGGUUGCUUGAUGAUAUUUCAUCGACUUCAACUACCAAGUGGUUAUGAUUAUAUGGAUAAGUGAUAGUUUCAAAAGUGUCUGUUUUAUGAUAUUGGGCUAGAGUUUAUUUCACUGUUAAAAAGCCAUGUGUUUCAGCUUCGCGUUGCAAAAAUGGACGAAUGUCGAGCUAAUAUUGUUCAUCGUCAUUAUCACUUCCAUUACAACUGAUGGGCGAACUUCAGAUAAAUUAAAAAUCACUUUACCUCAUGGUGGUAGACUCAUUGGAAGAUAUUUGAACACAUUUAGUGGUCAAGGCAUUCUCGCCUUUUUAGGCAUACCGUAUGCAAAACCACCAAUUGAAGAUUUACGUUUUAGAGCCCCUGUACCUUACGGACCUUGGUCAGGUGAUCUAAUGGCAACUACUGAUUCACCAUUAUGUACACAACGAGAUCCUUAUCGCAGAGACGAAUCCAUUUCCGGUGUUGAGGAUUGCUUACAUCUAAACGUAUAUGUGCCUGAGCGGCCAAGAUCGCUGUCGGUGGAUGCAAAUAUGACACAUCCAGUUUUAUUUCCUGUGAUGGUUUUCUUUCAUGGUGGUGGUUGGCAAUGUGGCUCUGGAACUCGCUCUUUCUAUGGUCCCGAUUUCUUGCUCGAACAUGAUGUUAUCUACAUUGGAGCAAACUUUCGUCUCGGGCCACUCGGAUUUCUAAGCACUGAACAAGUGGAUUGUCCAGGAAAUAAUGGUUUAAAGGAUCAAAGUUUAGUCCUACGAUGGAUUAAUGAGAACAUAGCCUCUUUUGGAGGGGAUCCGAAAUCGGUUACUAUAUUUGGAGAAAGUGCGGGAGGAGCAAGUGGAACAUAUCACAUGAUGUCACCUUUAUCGAAAGGUUUAUUUCAUCGAGUUAUUUCUCAGUCAGGAGUGAAUUUGGAUGCCUGGGCUCAGCCAGCACAUCCAGGAGUAGCAAGAUCCCGAUCUAUUCAGCUUGGUAAAAUGUUGAAAUGUACAAAAACCAACGAUGGAAGUUAUAUUGAGAUGCUGGAUUGUCUCCGAAGAGUCCCUGCGGAAGAAAUCACAAGAAAAUUCUAUGAUUUUUAUCUUUGGGACACGGAUCCAAUGAUCCCAUUUCCGCCUGUUAUAGAACCUGACAUUCCGGGAGCUUUUAUAACAAAACAUCCUAGAGAUGAAUAUGAGCCACAUGCUAUUGAACUUCCAUGGAUGACUGGAUUAACGUUUGAUGAGGGAGCUCUAAAAAGUGCAUCGCUGAUAAAUAUCCCCGAGCUUCGUAAGAGUUUGAAUGAUCACUGGGAUCGUGCGUUACCUAUUUCAUUAUAUUACGAUCAUCAUGAACCUGAGAUGCAGCGACAAAUUACACAGAAAAUAAAUAGUUUCUACUUUAAAAACCAGAAACUCGUAACUGCAACCGAGAGAAAUUUAACAAAUUUGUAUUCGGAUGCAUGGUUUUUAGCAGGCAUGGAUGAGUACUUGCGGAUUCGUUUGUUAGGACAUAAUAAGCGAAACUCGACAUUAAAAGUAGGAGAAACAUAUGUUUAUCUCUUCGCUCAGAAAGCUUCUGCUAGUUUCACGGAAAUAUUUAAAGGAGGAGCAGAAAAUUACUAUGGUGUUUGUCAUGCGGAGGAACUUCAAUAUAUUUUCCCGAUUGCAAAGGAAAUUCCAAACUUUCAGACAGCUAUUCCUACGGAAGAUGAGCUAGAGAUACGGCGCGUUAUUUUAAAGCUUUGGAUUAAUUUUGCUCGCACCGGCAAUCCAACUCCAGGGGAUGAAAAGGACAAUACUUCCGCUCAAAAUCAGUUGCUGCCUCAGUGGCGUCCAGCUGACAGUUUUCCUCUAAGGUAUCUUCGAAUAGGAAGAUUAGAUUCUUCUAAGGAACCGAUUGUAGCUUUAGAAACAGGGCUUUUUGAAGAACGUGCAGCUUUCUGGCGAAAACUUAGAGCACAUCAUUAUACAAAUUCUUUCGCUAUUGGUAGCAAUUCUAAGUUGCGAGAUGAGCUUUAAAAGCAUGAUUAACUGAAAAAUAUUAAAAACAAAGUAAAAAAUUUCAA